UACUUCCUGUGGGAUUGAUGGGAUCUAAAGUUGCCGGUUGUUUUGGUAGGCUCCGGUAGCUAGACGCGCUGUCUGUCACGUCGAGAAGUUGCGGUUAGUUUUGCAUGAUGUCGUCACGUGGAGGAAAAAAGCGGUGCAAGGCGGUUUCGAAGUCUACAAAAGCUGGCGUGCUGUUUCCAGUUGGCCGAAUAGGUCGCUAUCUCCGCAAAAGCACCCACCACUUCAGGAUCGCUGCCGGCGCUCCAGUUUAUAUGGCUGCUGUAAUCGAGUAUCUCACAGCGGAAAUAUUGGAGCUGGCUGGAAACGCGGCACGCGACAACAAGAAAAACCGUGUCACGCCGCGACACAUUCUUCUGGCAAUCGCAAACGACGAUGAGCUGCAUCAGCUUCUUCGUGGAGUGACAAUUGCCUCUGGUGGAGUGCUGCCACGCAUCCAGCCCGAACUGUUGGCUCGGAAGAAAGGCAACAAAUUUGUAAUGCCAUCGCCCAAGCACCAGCCCUCUGCACUGCCUAUGCGAGUAAACAACACGCCCUCAAAAUCGCACCAGGCUGCUGUUGCAGCUGCGGCUGCUGCCAAGCCUACUUCAGCACCACCACCACCAAAGAAAGUUGCAGCCACUGCAGCAAGCAAAAAGCAACUGCCGCCGACUCCAUCAUCUCCUACCAAGGAGAAGAGUAAAGGGAAGGGAAAGGAAUCAACUGGUGCAGAGCCAUCACACACCACUGUCACUGUGUUGUCAGAAAAGAAGCUGUUUCUUGGCCAAAAGCUCACCGUGAUCCAAGGAGACAUGGCAAGCGUGACAGUUGAUGCAGCCGUCCACCCAACCAACGCAAACUUCUCUCUUGCUGGGGAAGUGGGCCAAGUACUGGAGAAGGCAGGUGGCAAGGAGUUCCAGCAAGAAGUGAGAGAGCUGCUGGCUUCUCAUGGGCCUCUGGAGAGUGCUGGAGUGGCCAUUUGUCCAGGCCACCACUUUCCAGCAAAGCAUGUCAUCCACUGCCAUGUUCCCGCUGGUGCCAGUGCAGUUGAACACCUUGAGAAGUGUGUACGCAACUGCCUCGAAUUGGCUGAUGACAAGAACAUCCGUGUCCUCGCCAUCCCACCAUUGAUAACUCACAACACCUCACCAUCACAGAAGCAACUUGCAGCACAGGCAGUGCUGCGGGCGAUUUCCAGCUACUUUGUCAAUGUCAUGGGAAGUUCACUGAAGCAAGUCUUGUUUGUCUUGUCUGACAUGGAGAGCAUUGGAAUUUAUGCCAGUGAGCUUGCAAAGCUGGACUCUUAGACUGCUACCAUCAUCGCUCCUGAGAGUGGUCAUCAUUUGGUCCAUCUGGAGUUACCCAAAGAGGCACCUGUUCUGCAUUGGGAACUCAGAAACACCAAAAUUUACAUACACACACACAUGCAUGCACACACAACAAAAUCACAUCUUUUGUAAACAUUGUGCAUGGUUGCACUCUUGCAGGCUCUCCUGACUUGUCACUAAGUGAUGGCAGGACACUGCUUCAUUCUUUUUUUAAAUGGCAAACAAUUGGAUGUUUUACAAUGCUAUGUUGAACUCAUGAGAUGUAAAAUUGUUAGUCAUCACUUGUAACUCAUCUUUUGAGAGCAGGCUAAGCACUCUCUUAUUUUCACUUUUCUUUUUUUUUUUUUUUUCAACAUAUUUGCCACCACUGCCAGCCAACUUUCAUCAUGCUGCUGAGUAUUGGCCAUUUUCUUACUAAGCUGUGUAAUCCAAUGUGUGUGCAUUUCUAGAUCAAAACUCACUAGCACCUUAAACUUGGAUCAAUCUGUUAGUGCUAAUUUAUAGUACUAGUUCGAAAAUUCAGUACUGCCUUUUUGAAGCAGAUGUAUAUUUCUGUCACCUGUUGGCAUGUGAGUAUGUACUUGCUGAUUUAUUCAGUGUUGUAGAAAAUUUAAACAUGUUCAGUUUGUAGACAUGUAUACUCGGUUACAACCCAAGAAAACGUCAGGAGCCGUCAGGAGAAUUUAUUUUGUUUUAUUUAUUAUUUAUUUGUUGCAUGCCAGUUGUCGGUUAGGAGGGUUUUUGGGUGAGCACGUCACGUGUUUUUUUCGUGGUGGUGGGUUUUUUGGAACACCACCACCAACAGCUUCACAGGUCAGUCAGUGCAAGCUUUGCCUGAAAAAUGUCAGCUCCGCCCUCAGAGAUGUGGUGCACCUGCCCGUCACCUCUGAAAGACAGCUGUGCUAGCUGGUUUCCACUUGAACCGCCAGUACUUUUUCUUAGCUAAUGUAAAUAUUGCGCAUAUUAGGGGUUGAAGGUUCGUUGUUACUACCUAAAACAUUACGUUUCGCUCAACAGCGACAUCGGAAUCCCCAAUGAAAUUUACCAGGACGUUCAAGUUUCCCGUCUAAAACCAGCUACACAAACAUGUAUCUGUACAGGAAAAUCAACUAUCUAAAACUCUCGAGAAGUGCUUGACGUCACGAAAAUGGGUAAGUGCCAUUGGACGGAGUAUUUAUGCAAAUUCUCUGUGGGAGGGACAGCGAUGGCUGUGGGCGGAGCGCACAUUUUUUCUUCGGUUGUAACCGAGUGUAGGAACAGGGCCAGUGAGGUCUACCAGCAAAGAAGUUCUGUAAUAAUAACUUUACUUUGAUUUUUGACUUGCUAGGUUUGUGCAAGGAAAGCAAUUUGACAAGUAUAUUUUGAAUAAUGAGGAGCAAAGAAUUUUGCACUGCGCAGGUGACAUGUGAAGGGACCAGGUCUUCAUUGAGUAAGUUGAAACAUUAGCAGUGCCUGGUUGCCAUGAAUGCUACAUAUGUCUCGUUGGUAUUUGCUUCAGACGUGACAGUCAUCCUAUAACCUGUUAAAUUCGUUCUGUUUGUUGUUCACAAGGAAUUGGCCAUGAUAUUAGUGCUGGAUGAGUGUACUUCUAUAGUAAUUGGUGGUGCUGCACAUGCAAAAUAGCAUACUUAUGUAUGUAUGCUAUGCGAUGGGCUAGUUUCCCCAUCCCUGUGCUCUGCAUACUUAGCAGGCACUGGUAAAUGUUCUUGCAGCUGGAGGCAUUGCUGCAUUCAUGUUCUCUAGCUAAGCGUAACACUAGGUGUACUCUUGCAAUAUUGUUAAAUUCGCAUUAAGGCCUUUCCAACAUACUUAUUUCACGUUGCAAGUUCUCAAUUUAGAGUUCACUUAUGAAACAGCUUGUACGAUGUGUGAUGGGCAUGAACAAAAAAAAAAGUCUAGAGUCCUUCGGCAAGCCGACAGUGCCGCCAGAGCUCAAGACUCAUGGCUGCCACCUAGGGAAGGGAGCCCAUCCCUCAAAUCUUGCCGUCUUUAAUAAAAGUUAUUUCCUCCUCCUCUAGAGGCUGUAAUGUUUUUUUCUUUUUCCUUGGGCCAACGGGGGGGACUCUGCAACUUCCACUGGCAGUUAUGCGUAAUGGCAGUAUUCCCACUGGCAGUUAUGCGUAACGUGGAAAUAUUUUGGGAAGCUGUGAUUACUCACAUGUAGCCAAAAAGACAACGUAAAUGCAAUGUAAGUAAACUUAGGCUAUUGCACCAUGCUCCUGUUAUUUUCUCCGCGCCUGUUCAUUGGAAAGUUAAACCUGCAGGUUUAAAGGGCCAGUAAACAGGCUCCGACUCUUUUUUUACACCUCCCAAACAAACUUGCUAAUUCGUGCAGAGGGCCGUGGCGAUCACAUGUUGUGAAAAUUGCAGCACUGCGCACUGCACAGAUGCUCCAUUUCGAAAAAUAAUUCCCGCACCCCUCUCUUACGCCUGACCAGUCCUCUUUGCCCGCACAGUGACAUAAUCUUGCCCAUGGGCAACAUUACGUGGCACCGACUUCGUCGAUUGCUCCUUUGCUCUACGAAACGGUGCCUUGGCCCUGUGGUGAUGCAGUUUUGGCUGCACACUCCGCAUUUUCAUUUUCCUGCGCUGCCCUCUGCCAUUUUGGUAGAGCCGAGACUACCGGGGCAAGCGGUGCCGUCGGAACAAAAGCCUCCUAGAUCAAGGGGCAUCUCGCGACUUUACCGUUAGGGGAAGGUCGCAUGUGCCGUAGCAUAUUUGUUUACCUUGCCAGUGGCUCGCACCCCUCGCACCACGCUUCCUUACCGCGCCACUCUGACACUGGGUCGUUGGCUGCAUGCCGAUGACGUAAUCGUGUUACGUUGCCAAAGUGGGCAUAGUCACGACAAAGGGCUGUGCCUACCCUUACUUCGCUGCCGAAAAGGGUGAGAAGGCCGGGCGAGAAAUCGAAACCAGCCGAAGCAGGUUCUUCUACAUGCUGUAACUUCCUUAUUACAGCACUUAUUUGCAAAAUUUUCGCAGCAGCAUGUUCACAUCUUACUAGUGCACAGUUAUCUCUCCAUCAGAAAUUUUGGACUGCGAGGUUGUUUACUGGCUCUUUAAUAGCUGCAAGGCAGAAUUCAAAUCUUUAAUGUCCGUACCUAACUUUGCUUGAGCUACUUCAUGUGCUCAAUUCCACCGGACAGAAUCAUGGUAGCUGUCUGGCAGAUUCUAUUGCGUAUAGAAAGAUUAACCUACUGAGCACAAGACAGAAGGUGUCACUUUGUUGAAUUGCAAAGAGGACAAUAGUCAGGAGUUCCAUAUAGUGCAAAGAUAGCACAAAAGAGUACUAAAAAAGUAUAAGCUGACCCUUCUUUUGUUUUAUUUUCUUUGUGUUCCGUGAUUUUACCAUUGUAUUCAUUGCUGUUAAUACACUGUUAAAUUAUGCACAAAUUACUUAUGUGAGUGUAACCUGGCAAGUGAAAAGUAAUGUGAACAAAUCUGAUGGUUGCAUUCCAGACUCUUGCUGAUUAUGGACAGAAGCAAUUUCAGAACAGUUUAGUGCGUGUCAAAGUUCUGUGUAUCUAUUGGGAAUAGCUUUUAUCAUUACUGAAAGCAUUUGGCAGUGCCAUUUCAGUGUAGCUGUUGAAUAUUUUAGACAUAUGUGACAACUCAAAGCAUCUGGCAUUGGGUAUGAUUUGACUUAUUUACAUUUGCAUAUGACGCUUGAAGUGUGAAAUUGUGGAAGUUAGUGUGAUGAUGUGUGUCUGUACUUGGAUUCAUUUGUUAAAUGUGCCUCUCAUACCCUUUUGUGCUGUUUGCCGUCAUAAAUAUAGGUUUUGCUGCUCAGUAUAUUGAACAAAGUAGCACAUCUUUUAUUCAGUUGAAGUCAACCAAGAAGCUUUUCUCGUGGGAAAGGCACCACAAUAAUAAAUGUACUGUUUAAAAUACUAUGCGAAAUGCUUUAUUACAGAGAUAGGUUACCCUUUUUCUUGCAAUAUUGAAAUUAUUUUUUCCUUCUUUUUAGUCUGCACAAGAAAACUUACAAAAGAAAAUCUAAUUUAAUGUAGAUGUGUGAUACAGAGGCUUUAUUUAUCAUAAUGUUGUGUCUACUACCAUGGUGGCAGAUUGCUCUCAACUUUCCUAUAUUAAAAAAAAGUAGGCCUCAAUAUUGAUAGUCAUUUUUCAUAGUCAUCUUCAUCAUAUUUGUAGUCUCCCAUAUAUAUACAUAUACACGUAUAUUAUAUAACUACACAACUCAUCUAUCCUGCAUUUCAUGUGAGUGAUGGCCAUCUGUGAUUAGACCAAGGAGGCACAUGUGUCAGUUUUUUAACACAUAACUCUCUGGGUUUUGUGGUAGCUGUGAGUAGUUUUAAUCCAAGUGAAUUACUUCUGUGUUGGCUUUCAUGCAGCCAUGAUCAGUGUUCAUCUUGUCCUCAGUUUAGUCAACAGUUUUUUUUUCUUUGUAACUCUUCAUGGAAGUGUUUUGCAAGAAGGCCUGAUGUUUUAGGCUCACAUCUUGCAUCUGCUUAGUUUGUACGAUGAAGUAAAAGUAAUGAAAAAAAAACCUGUUUCUAUUUGCAAAAGAAACAGCUGGCUCUACCUGCAAAAGAAAGGGGGGUGGGGGAUCCUAACUUGAUGAUGGCAGUUUGUAAUAUUUCACUUUGAUUGAAGUGGUUGGAGUUAUCUGGGGACAGGAAUGUGGGAAGUCUCUUUGUUAAGAAUGAAAGAGUAGUUGAUCUGUACCACUGACCUACUGAUAUGUGACAUUAUCUACUGAUAAACCAACCAUGACAGUACUGAUACUUUCCAUUUUGGUCUUGUGCAGCCCUUCACUGCCUGGAGUGCUAAUCUGUUGAUGGGAAAACUAGUAGGAAUGUCAUUUGCUCGUUACUCUGUCAUGCUCAUGCGUACAAGCAUUACUGCCCUUCUUGUCUUCAUAAUGUUCCUAAGAGAAAGGUCCCUUGCGGAUAUGCAAGAACAUGCGCAAACAAAAUGGUACAUUCUUUUCUUAACAUGUUUCAGUUUAUUCUGUAUGUGCUACAUAUGCUGUUUUCGUAUUGUCACAGGCCAUAUCUAAUUACCAAAUUUUUCUUGUGUUCCUGAAGAGAAGUUAACUUGCCCUGUCACAUGUUUAUGGCUGUGUCGUAUGCUUGCAGUAACUUCAUUUACUGUGCUUGUUAACUGGUUUCAAACCCUGUGUUCCUGCAUAAACACAUCUUUAAAUAACACGCAAGAUAGGAAGUAACAUCCUCUUGCAUGUGUGCUGUGUGAUCAUGUUUUCCUGCUUGUUUGUUGCAGUUUCACAGAUCUUGUGCAAUGAUCAAUUGUUCCCGUGUUCCUAGCGAGUUCUCUUUCUGUCCGACACGCUUGCUGUUGUCUUGGCUUUGCUGCUGUUUCGUUGUUUUUGCUCUUUCACCGUGGAUCCCUCGUUAUACACUAGAUGUUGUAAGGCGCUUUGUACGGAGCAUGUUACUGGAAGAAUUUUUCAAAUCAGUUCAUUAUUGGAGGGGCUUGAAGAAAUGUAACUGUUCCAUUACCAUGCCUCUAGGAGGUAAGCAUCACUGUCAACAGAAACUAGUGUCCCAAAGUGGCAGUCGUUCUUUGCGUUCUCCCAUGUGCUGGAGCGGAGGGACCAUGUCAUGUUCAUGUGUCGGGCCUCACCUCCUCUUUUUUCGCUCUUUCUCUUUUGCUUUGUGGCAUAUUUCCAGUGAUGGCAUUGUGCGUGUGUUCUUGACUCUGACUUGAAGUGCAGCUUCCUUGAGAGCAGAGCACACACACCACUCAGUCAUUUCAUACUUUGCAGAUACAAUCACCACCACUUGAUGUACUUGUCACGCUUGUUUGUUUGCAUUGCACCAGCCUGGUGGGGGUACCGUUAAAGAACCUGCAACAUGAAAAGAGAAGUCCUUCCUUAGCAGUGCUUUUUGUUUGUUUGUUUCUGUCAAGUUACAUCAUAUCUUACAAGUAAUAUUCACAGACCAUAUUUAACAACCAACUUUUUUGCCCGUUCCUGAGGAGGUCGCUUUUUGCAUCAUGUCUUGCAUGAGUCAUAUGAGCUUGAGAGUUCUUCCAUUGUUUUCUGUUGCAAGUUCAUUGUUAAAAACAACCAUGCAUUGAACGACCACUUCUUGCAAUAGCUAUUGUAGCCACUGUAAUACACCACGCAGCCAUUUCACAGUUUGCAGACACAAUCACCACCGAGUGACCUACACACCACAUUUUUUUUUGUUUGCAAUGCCCAAAGCUAAUGAGGGUUCUUUUAAAGAACUUGUGAAAGAUGGAAAGGGAAGUCCCUGCCUUGGUUAUUUACAUUUGUUUUUGUUUAUAUUUUCCAUGGUUUCAUUGCACUUUCACACGUAAUAGUUAAAUAUUCAAAGGUCAUAUGUAACGACCAACUUUUUCUCCUGUUCCUGAAGUCUCUCCUUGCAUGGUGUGUGUGGCUUUGGCUUUGUUGUACAAGUCAUGCGGCUGCUGGAGCUUUUCUUUGUCAUUGUUUGGUUUCAACUUCGUUGUUAAAAACAACAGCUUGACAACUGCUUGCAGUGUAAGCAAUUGUAAUAUGCCACACAGCUCUUUCAUGCUUUAUAGACACUAUUGCCACUGCAUGACCUAUGUACAAUGCUCGUUUGCUUGCAGUGCACAAACCUAGUGAGGGGCUUUUUAAUGAGCUUGUAAGAUGGCAAGGGAAGACCUUGUCUUGGUUAGUUUUUUUUCUUCUGUGGUUUCAAUGAACCUUCACAGGUAAAAAUUAAAUAUUCACAGGCCAUAUUUUAUGACCAGUUUUUCUCCUGUUUGUGAACAGGUUUCUUUUUGCAUGGUUGCACAAGUCAUCCAACCAUUAGAGUUUUCCUUUGGCUUUGUUUUGUGACAGCUUCGUUGUUGAAUUGGUUGUGCACUGAUUGACCACUUCUUGCAAUGUUAGCAAUUGUAAUGUGCAAUAUUAUUACAGAUCUCAAAUUCAUUAACACGAUAUACAUCUGGAGUGUAGCAUACUUUAAGCAUGGGAAUUGCAUUGGACAUCACGCUUUCUUAUUUUUCUUGUAAUAUUUUGCAGCUUUUGUGAAGUGUAGUGAACUUAUUUUUGGGAAUCAAAUACUGUCUAACUGAAGUAGAAUACGUUGUUAUAAGUACUUGUUUAUCAAAAACAAUAGAAUAUAUAUGUCCUUAUAUGUUUACAUCCAUUUUCAACAUUUCUGAAAUUUUGUAAUGUUUGACCAUGUCAUCAUGUCAUUUCUAACACUGCCAACUGGAAUGUAAGUAAGUCUGAAUUAUGUGUGCAAUGAUUGUAAUGUCUGUGGGAACUUUGGUGGUCUGGUACAAUAAAAGCACAGUGGUAAUCUGA